UGGCCACAAAAGCUGCACUAUUCGUCAUUUGUCAAUCACAUGACAAGAGUUGUCUGAGGUGUGAUCAGUUUUUUAAAAAAACAAUUUUUAAAAAUGCCAAUUUGUGGGCCAAAAUUGUCGCUCUGCGGCUUAAUUCUGAGCGUUUGGGGUAUUGUGCAAUUGGGCUUAAUGGGAAUUUUCUAUCAUUUCCAUUCGGUGGCUCUCGCUGAAGACCUUCCCGAAGUUGAGCCUCCAGAACAUGUUGCAGAUCUCGAUAAAUUUUACAGUGAAAUCGACAGGGGUUUCACACAGAAUGCCUACAACUGCUGGAUCGCUGCUCUUUUGUAUCUUGUAACUCUUGCAAUUUCAGUACACCAGUUUUGGGCCAACAAUCGCUCGUCCUUGAGCGUCUAAAAUAUUUUUAAGUAUUGUUAUAUACUCUCGUUUAUCUGUUUUUAGUGUACAUAUGUUUAAAAUCCUAUUCUUACAUAGUUAAUACCUCGUUAUUAAUUUUUAUCUGUGGUUUAAUCUUGCGAUUAGUAAAACUUACUAUCUUAUGAAUGUUAGUGUAGGAUUAUUUAAGUUCAAUAAAUUAAUGUUGGGCCACCAA